UUCUCCUAAUCCCAAUUUUAUUUUAAAGUUGUUGGUCACUAUUUAUCUUACGGUUAUUCACCCUACUUAUGUUUUUUUUUAUGGGUAAAUACAUGCUUAUGGUAGGCUUAUUAUAUCUCCAGAGAAACAAUUUGUUGUGGACUGUUGGUAUCUAGUGCCUCAAAGAAUGAAUACCUGUGAUUUCCUAAAACAAAGGAGGCACUAAACAAAAUUAUCCUCUCAACUCCAACAGAUUAAAACUGGAUUCUAUAAAUAGCUUUCUUGCUAUAACCUCCUUUGAAUAACACAAACUUAGUAACCAAAAAUACCAACCAAAACAAAACAAAACAAAAAAAACCAAAAAAAUCAACUAUGUCCAAUAUGUUCUUCCCACAUUUUCCUCUUACCCUCUUCUUCUGUUUCUGCCUAUUUUUCUCAUUUUCAUAUGCUCAUUUAAAGAGCCAUGAAACUCCCCAUUGUGAUUGUGAUUGUUCCUCUGCUCAUAACAAUAGGCAUGAUAAUAUUCCCACCAAGCCCAGUAAUUCUUCCCCCGCUCAUAACAACAGCCAUGAAGUUUCCACCAGGCCCGGUAAUUCCUCCCCUUCACAUUACAACAGCCAUGAAAUUCCCACCAAACCCAGUAAUUCUUCCCCCGUGCAUAACAACAACCAGGAAGUUCCUGCCAACCCUGGUAAUUCUUCCCCAGCUUAUAACAACAGCCAUGAAGUUCCCACCAGGCCUGGUAAUUCCUCCCCUGCACAUAACAACAGCCAUGAAGUUCCCACCAGUAAUUCUUCCCCCGCGCAUAACAACAGCCAGGAAGUUCCUGCCAACCCUGGUAAUUCUUCCCCAACUCAUAACAACAGCCAUGAAGUUCCCGCCAAACCCAGUAAUUCUUUCCCCGCGCAUAACAACAGCCAGGAAGUUCCUGCCAAGCCUGGUAAUUCUUCCCCUGGUCAUGUCAGUUCCUCUUAUAUUAUCUUUGUACCAGGGAACUCUUCCCCUGCUAAUAACAAUAGCCACGACACUUCAACCAGGCACAAUAACUAUAUAGGAUGCUUCGACAAGGUCUAUGCUUUUGGAGACUCCUACACUGAUACAGGAAAUGCUAAUAUACUGGAUGGUCACACAUCGAGCAGUUCAGAAAAAUCAAACAAUAAUUUAUGUGAUGGGCAUUUGAUGAUAGAUUUUCUAUGUGAUGCUCUUAAGUUACCACAUUUGCCACCCUUCCAAAAUACCUCAGCAAAUUUCUUAACUGGGGCCAAUUUUGCAAUAGCCGGAUCAACAGUUCUCCCCAAAGAGGAUUUUUCAACUGAGAAAAUUACUAACCUGUUCUGGAAAGGAAUACCAAUGAACUUUCAAACUCAGAUUGAUUGGUUCAAUAAGUUGAAGCAGCAGAUGGGAUGUACAGAUAAAAAUGGUAAAAGUUGCCAGGCUGAAUUGGAGAAUGCACUCUUCUGGAUAGGCUCUGUUGGUGUUAGCGACUAUGCUCGUAUACAAGGGGCCUCUUUAUCUUCACAUUGGCUCACACAGCAGUCUGUCCAUCAAGUUAGCAGCCUAAUCGAGGCAACACUGCAAAGCGGAGCAAAGUACAUCGUAGUUCAAGGCUUACCACCAAUAGGAUGCCUUCCACUACAUAUCUCGUUGUGUCCAGUGAAAGCUGCUCUUGAUAAUAUGGGAUGUGCAGGAGCUGUCAACGCAGCAGUGAUGAUGCACAACCAGAUCCUGCAAAGGAGAUUGGAAAGAUUCCGUAGUUUAUAUCCUAAUUGUCAUAUCUUAUAUGCUGACUACUGGAAUGCAUAUCUAACAAUUAAGAUGAACCUACAAAAGUACCAAUUUGAGGAACCUUUCAAACCUUGCUGUGGAGCUGCAGGGGGACACUUCAACCUGCAUUCAUUGUGUGGCUCACCUGGCACCGUUAAAUGUAAUGAUCCAAGCAAAUUUAUCAGCUGGGAUGGAAUCCAUCUUACAGAAGCGAUGAAUCGGAAAGUCACUGAUCUUUUCCUCAAUCAAGGCUUCUGUCAACCAUCUUUUAGUGAGUUGGUCAAAAGUAAGAGUGGCAUGUAGAUUGGACUCAAUGUAACCUAGUAAAUAAUACCGCUCCGGAAAGACCAAUCAAGAGAGCGAGAUAAUUCCCUUGUAAGAAUGAAAACUUUUAGAGUAGGCAGAUUACCUCUUUUAUCAAUAAAGAUAGACAACCUUUGUGGAGUGCAAUAAAUAUUUUCACCAAGCUUCAUUGUAAAUACACAUGUAUUGUCAUGCAUAAAUUUAUAUAUGUGGUAAUUUAAUGAACUGGAAGGACAUUCUUCCUUUGUUGAGACUUUCAACAGCUCUCAGCGGUUUUAACUGUAAAUCGGCUGGACACUCCAGCUAACUGCUCCUACACCAAAAUUGCAAGUCUUUUAUAUGUUUGUACUUCACAACAAAAAAGGCUGCUUUUUCCCAUCAAAACAUCUUCCAUUCCUCUUUAGUCUUUUGUCAAUUCUAUCUUGCCAAUCUGAUAAUAAGCACUUGAAAUUGUGUGGCAUCACCCAGUCAACACCAAAAAUGUUAUAAAUAAUGUCCAUUAUCUGUUGGGUACAGUAGCAAUGAAGCAAGAGGCAGUUGAUAGAUUCUUGUGAGUUCAAUUGCAGAGAAUUUUCUUCUCUGCAAUUGUUUUGGGUAAGGCAUUACCUGGGUAGCAAUCCACCUUUAGGCUACUUUGGUGGUGCUUUUGUCCUCCAUAUCAUCAUCUUCCAGAGCCAAUUGUUGUGCCAGUACACUAGCUUUUGAAGAAUAUCGUAGCACCGUUUCAGGGAGAAGAAGACACUGCUGCUAGCAAGCCCAAAUUGAGAGUCCACCCAGUUGUCAUCAACAGAAAUUGGCUGCAGAAGUGUCAAAAAUGUGUCUGAUAUCUUGGAUUUCUCAAUCAUUGAAGUUUCUUCUGAACUAUAGAUGCCAUUCAGAGAGUAAAAAACAGUCGGCCACCAUAACAUUUUUGUUUAGGGCUUAACUGUAGAGAGUAGGGAAUUCAUCCUCUAAUCUCCCUGAUUCAAUUCAUCAUCUCUCCAAAAAUAUUUCUUCGUUCCAUUCCCACCUUCAUCGUGAUGUUGCUUUAUCAUGCUAUCUUAACUUUACUGCUAAAAUAUAACACGUCCUGGUAAAGCUCUAGUAAAAUAAGAGAAUGUAUAGUUUGCAUAAUCAAAAGCAAAGGAUAUGCACUA